CACGGUGAGCGGGGUGCUGUGUGACGGUGCUCAGCGCGGCCUUCCUGUGUUCUCCCCUGCAGCUCUUCCUUCCCUCCAUGAGGAAGAAGCCGGCCCUGGCCGAGGGCAGCAGCCCCGAGGGCGACCUCCUCCAGGAGCACUGGCUGGUGGAGGACAUGUUCAUCUUCGAGAACGUGGGCUUCACCAAGGACGUGGGGAACAUCAAGUUUCUGGUCUGCGCAGACUGUGAGAUCGGACCCAUCGGCUGGCAUUGCCUCGAUGACAAGAACAGUUUCUAUGUGGCCUUGGAACGGGUUUCCCAUGAGUAACUGAGGGGAGGGGGCUCAGCUGCACCCCCAAGUAUGAGAGCGGCCCCU